AUGGCGUCAGUUGCUGGAGAAGGUAUGGCGCUCUCUUUCCUCUCUCCCAUUAGGGCUGCGCCCGCGCUGAUUGCCCGCGGAUUUCGAUAUGGGCUGGGACGCGCGAUUGUGUUGAAGCAGCUGGAUGCAGGCUGGAGCAGCUGGAGAGAGAAGGAGGACCCUGCUCAGGAGAAACAAGUGAAGUUUCUAAGAGAUCUUAACGAGGUGGAUCCCGAGGGUAGACCACUUCCGCAGCGCAGCGCCAGUGCUUUGGCCGAGUAUCUCAAAGCUCUCGUCAAGGAACAGCCACGAAAGACGGAAUUUUGGGCUCUCCCAGUGCGCCAAUCCACAUGGUCACGUCCGAAGGAGGUUUUAGAGUUCAAGUGUGGCGGACUGUUCGAACCUUGGCUCUGGGCUUUCUACUUCUCUCUGGCGUUGGGGCCAUUGUCAAGGACAAGGCCCUCAGCAAAGGAAAGGAGGUUCCUGGCAGGGCUGGGUCUCAAUGAGGAGGUACAGCCAAGCUCGGAGUCUAAUACCAAGUUCAGUGACGUGAAAAGAGUCGACGAAGCCAAAGCGGAGUUGGAGGAGAUUGUUCACUAUCUUUGGGAUCCAAAGAAAUUUACCCGUCUAGGUGGCAAGCUACCGAAAGGCGUCCUUCUGGUUGGGCCUCCUGGAACAGGAAAGAGAUGCUGGCUCUGGCAAUUGCUGGUGAAGCAGUGGUACCGUUUUUCUAUUGCAGCGGGAGCGAGUUCGAGGAAAUGUUCGUCGGAGUUGGUGCUCGGCGAGCGCGGGACUUAUUCGCAGCUGCGAAGAAGCGCACUGAACCAGUUGUUGGUGGAGCUGGACGGUUUCAAGCAAAACGAAGGCAUCAUAGUGAUCGCGGCUACGAACUUCCCCGAAUCUCUCGACAAGGCGCUUGUCCGUCCUGGUCGGUUCGAUCGGCAUGUGGUGGUUCCGAAUCCAGACAGCUACUUAGAGAACAUCCACUUAUGUAUAAACACCUUGCUUUUCUUUUUUUGUUUUUUCUCUUCUUCUUUUCUCUUAUUUUUCUUCUCUUCUCUUGAACUUUGAUCUUUCUUGUAUAGAUAGCAACAGGUUUUCUGGCACAAGUUCUAUAUUGAAAGAAGAUGCCUUAGCUAUUUGGACACCUA